AUGAUAAUCAUAUCUGUGGACUUCGACUUCUCAACAGUUCUCAUCUACUCCCACAAGACUCCCUCAACAGUCCUCAUCUACCUCCCACAAGACUUCCUCAACAGUCCUCAUCUAACACCCACAAGACUUCCCCAACAGUCCUCAUCUAACUCCUACAAGACUUCUCAACAGUCCUCAUCUACCUCCUCAAGACUUCCUCAACAGUCCUCAUCUAACUCCUACAAGACUUCUCAACAGUCCUCAUCUACCUCCACAAGACUUCCUCAACAGUUCUCAUCUAACUCCCACAAGACUUCUCAACAGUCCUCAUCUACCUCCACAAGACUUCCUCAACAGUCCUCAUCUACCUCCACAAGACUUCCCCAACAGUCCUCAUCUAACUCCCACAAGACUUCCUCAACAGUCCUCAUCUACCUUCACAAGACUUCCUCAACAGUCCUCAUCUACUCCCACAAGACUUCCUCAACAGUCCUCAUCUACCUCCUACAAGACUUCCUCAACAGUCCUCAUCUAACACCCACAAGACUUCCUCAACAGUCCUCAUCUCCCUCCUCAAGACUUCCUCAACAGUCCUCAUUUAUUUCCACAAGACUUCCUCAACAGUCAUCAUUUACUCCCACAAGACUUCUCAACAGUCCUCAUCUACCUCCACAAGACUUCCUCAACAGUCCUCAUCUACCUCCACAAGACUUCCUCAACAGUCCUCAUCUAACACCCACAAGACUUCCUCAACAGUCCUCAUCUACCUCCACAAGACUUCCUCAACAGUCCUCAUCUACCUCCACAAGACUUCCUCAACAGUCCUCAUCUAACUCCUACAAGACUUCCCCAACAGUCCUCAUCUAA